UUUUCUUAGUAUUUUGACGUCUUCUUUUCCGGUGUUAAUUUUUGCAAUCGGUCUCUAAUUUAUAUAAAAAAUCACUAUUUUGCCGCCAACUAGAACGUCAGUACUGCUGUCUAUAUGUACAAAUGGAGGGGAAAGGGGAAGAGCCGAAAGUACCGGAGCGAUCCACAGAAUCGACAGAAAACGCCAGACAACUGAUUGAUGUGACACUUGGUGAUGCCAAAGAAUCCAAGAUGACCGCGUCACAGAAGGGCAAGGUCUCCCCGGCAACAGUGGUCUCCCCGGUAACAGUAGAGAAGUGUAACACUGUGGAGGCAGUUUCUAUCCACGAUCACGACACUGAAGGUGUCAGUCUGCUGCUAGGUAUGAGAGAUAGCAUUAUAGCCAGUGAAGAGAAGGCAACCAUAGAAAAAAACAGACUGAAAAGAGGAGUACUGGAACCACUGAGCCAACACGAAUACGCAUCACUGACCAAGCAAGUUAAGACUGUGUCUGACACGGAGGGUGCUUCAAGCAGUGCUGAGGAUACAGACCAGGAAGACAAGACAACCAACCAGGAAGUCAAUCAAAAUAAACAGGAGGUAAACUGUGUUAUAGACCAUGUAGAGAAGUUAGCCAGUGAAGAAGAAGAGGAAGUUGCUGAAGUUGUUCGAACAGAGGAGGUGACCACGGUGGAUGAAGACAGUCAUGAGCCUGUGUACAAGUGUGCAUUCUGUGACCAGUUCCAUACCAAGUCAGAAUUAAAGAAGCACAUUCAAAAACAUGUUGGUGACAGGCCCUACCACUGUGAUCAUUGUUCCAAGACAUUCAGUGGACGGGGACCAUUACAGAGCCACCUGCGAAUUCACAACCGACCAUCCACCGUCAAAUGCUCAGUCUGUAACGAGGCUCUCCGCGACAAGACGGCACUGUCUGCCCACAUGAAAAUUCAUAUCACCAACCCUGCCUACAAAUGCUGGUUCUGUAGUCAAACAUUUGUCAAAAAUGAACAUCUACAAAACCAUCUAAGAAUACAUGCAGGAGAGAAACCCUACAAGUGUGAAGAGUGUGGGAAAUCUUUCAGUUACUCCUCCAACUACAAGGUCCACGUACGCCUCCACACUGGGGACCGCCCCUACAAAUGUGGCGUGUGUAACGAGACAUUUAGACAGCUCCACUCCCUCAAAGCUCACCAGAGCAAACACACUGGCGAGAAGCCAUUUAGAUGUGGCAUUUGUGACAAGCAGUUCCUCCACAAAAGGAGUCUGCAGUUUCAUCUUCGCAUUCACUCAGCUGAUUGUGAAAUUGAGAAAAUGCAUGCUGAGGAUAUUCCGGGUAGAUGUGAUGCUUGUAAAACCCUGUUUACUGCCAAAAUGGACCUCCUUCGACGUAUAAAGAUAAACUCUGGGGAACGCCCUUAUGGCUGCAGGGAGUGUGGCGAGUGUUUCCUCGAUGCAGAUGCCCUCAAAUUUCAUUUCAGGAAACAUGCCAGAGAAAGCACAAAAGGGUGUUUGAUUUGUUGUAAAGGAGGAGAAGAUGGCAUCCCUGCUAAGAAUGCUUAUCUGGAUAUUCAUAAACAUAUGAGAACCAUGAGACUUCAACUCCGGGGCUUUAAAAGGGAGGUUUCCUUCAUGAAGAAAGAGAUGGAAAUGCUGAAGAAACCAGACAUUGAAAUUGAUAAUGAGGAAGAAGAGUGUGUUACGCCGGAGAUAAAAUUUGAACACGAUUACGAAACAAAGGAGGAGAAUGUAGACCACCAAAUUGUGUCUCAUGAAGAGGUGGUGCACUGAUAUCAGGAAUAAUUUAUCUGUAAACUGUCCAGAUGUAGUUAGAAUCUAUUGACUUUUGAAUUGUUUGUGUACAAGGUGAAUCUGACUGAACAAAUGAUGACACGUAUAUUGGAUGGGGACUAGUAAUAGGGAGUUUUCACUCUGUCUGUCUGACUGUCAUCCACAGUUUUCUGAGUUCGAUAUCUCCUACAAUGAUCAUUUAGAUUGCAAUGAAAUGUUACAUACAAAUGUAGAUUGGCUGAUGAUUUUGUGUGAAUGUGCAUAUUAUUCUUUUCUGAUUAUACAUAUGGGACUUUGGUUGUUAUGAUUGAAAUUUCUGUAUAUCUUGUAAUAACUCUUAACAGAAACUCACCAUAGAAUGAUGUGAAAUUGUAUAGCAAUAUUACAAUCAAUGGGGAUAAGAAUCCGUCUGCUUCUAUCUGAUAAAAAAGAACAUUUCCAAAGAGUGUGCUAACACUCAAUGAAUGAAAUAGCCCAAAGACAUGGGAUCAUAGUAACAUCCCACCACAAAAUGUAGGUCACCAUGUCUGCCUGUUCAUCAAAAAAAAAUUCAGUACACAAAUUAUCCUACAAUCUGCUUUAGACUGCAGAUGAAGUUCUAUUCAUUGACUUGCCAUCGGAUGUUGAUGCGUACUGUAUAUUUUUGAUGAUUAUUCAAUGUCAUCAUUAUGAAGUUAUGGCUGACUCAUUUUUUACAUCAGUCAUGCAAUUAUCUGAAGUUUUAUAGUGGUACCACAACUAUAACAAACAUUUUCAAGUUUUAGGUCAAGGUCACUGGGAGACAAAGAUGAAUGCUUCAUUGAUGUAAAACUUGACUGAACCUUGACUAGUUUUGUCAAUUUUUUUUUUACAUUUACAAGUUAGGGUCAUUUAUAGUCCUUUCUAUGCAAAUAAGAGUCUACAAAAUGCAGAACCAAUAAUAAUAAAACCAAUAAAUUCAUACUCGGCUUUCAUGACGCGAAUCUGGUUAACACAUGUAAUAAGUGCACUACAUCAUGUCAUAUGAUGACAUCACAUGGGUUGCAAAUAGUAAAUUUUCUCCGUAUUAACAAUACAUAAUGUCUUAAUUUGAUGUCAUAGUCAACCUUCUUAUUUGCAUAUAAAUGCCUAUACUUAGCGUAGAUUGACAUUCAUGAAGCAUUCUAUUUUUAUAAUCCAAUGUUACCAUAAUCAACAUGCCACCGUAUUUCUUUAUUCUGAAUUAUUGACAUUUGGUCUAUGAUGUAAUUUUUAUAAAGCGUGGUAUAUCCAAUGGCCUUAUUUAUUCAUGAUCAUUUCAUUUUAAGGUUCUUCCACCCUUGUGCUUUUAAUACGUAUAUCAACACUUUGCCCCAAGUUGCAUCCUUUUGCGGGGUCAGCCAAAGGUCAAUCGGUGAAAAGUUAAGUUUCUAUUCUAUACCCAAGCACUACUACUGGGAAUUAUAGCUAAUAAUUAAGUUUUCAUACAAGUUAAUGGGUUGCCCUACCAUGGGGCAAUUAUUGUAGUUGACUGCAAUUGAUGGAAAAAUUACAGAUGUCAAAGCUACAGAUCAGAAAAUUACAAAGGCCAAUGUAGUGAUAUACAAUUUUUUUUUUUCACCGGGAGAUGACGGACAAGGGACGUAACUUGCACAAAGGGUGGAUACGUGUGUAGUUUAAUCCUCGUAAUUAAAGCUUGACAUCUUGACAAUCAAAUUCAGUGAAAUAUUGUUAGUUUGCAGGGUUUCUGUAUAGUGUACUGUUUAAGAGUAGAAUUUUAUGGAGAUGAUACUGCAACUAAUCCCAACCUUGACAUUGGACAUCAAAAUGUGACCAUAUAUGUAAUCAAAAUACAGUGUAAGCAAUGAAUCAGAACUAAUAAUACAUGAUAUUUCAACAAGUAAUUAUACAAGGUUGAGGAAAUCUUUAUGUAAUACUAAAAAAAUUUUGUGGGUGGGUGGGUGGGAAGGGGUACAUCAUUGUUUUGGAUGGAACAUGUGUUAUGACCACCUUUCAGUGAAAUGUUUGUAUGCAUGAGUUUAAGUUUGUGUUGAGUAUACUAAAUAAUCGGGCUAACCAAGCAACAUUUUUAUCUUUUUUGCAAUAUGGUCUCAGGUGUAUCGAGGAAGGGUAUGGCCACAGUUGGGGAAUUUUUGCAUUUAGAUUUAAAGCUCAUGUAAAUCCUUAGUAGUACUUUUUCAAUCGUUGUUUUUAUCACACAUACAUAGGUUCAAACAUCUCAAGGAUAUAGGCAGAACAGUGACAUGAUGUAAUUGUCGAUGAAUUUUCCUCGUACUAGAUAAAAUCAUGGAAUAAGGGAUGCCCAAUACAAAUAUGUACGAAUCAUCUUGGCACCUUCCCUAAAAACUGAUUAACAUUACCCCAUAGUCUUGUUAAAGUCUCUCUAAAAUUAAUUUCAAUCUGAAAAUUACACAAAUUAUAAGGAAUGGAUACCCUUUCAAUAAUUAUUAAGUAUCUUUACAGAUUUACCAAUCAAAACCCUCUUUCCACUUUUUUUAAUAUACAUAUUUAUCCAAUAUUUUAUGAAAAUGUCUCAAUGAAUAUUAUUUUUCAAAACACAUUUAAAUAAACUAUUUCUAUGGAUUCAUCUGUUAUGGGAAUUACCUCGAUGUUAAACUUUGUAUUGUUGCAUUACUAUAAUUGCCUUUUAUCAUCAACAUCAAUGCUGAACAAAUUUUAAGAAUUCCAAGGAAGUACAUUUAAAAAAGAUUCUGAUUUUUUUUUUUUUUUUUUUUUUUAAUACAAAUUCUAAGGAUAUUUUUUGGGAAAAGUGGGGGGAAAAUUCUAAAAAUCACACUUGAGCAAUUUUCUCAAAUAGCUAGAAAUCUAUAAUGCCAUAUAGCUCACCACAAGAUAUAUAAAGCAGUUUAGUAGGCUGUGAUGUCAUAGAUAGUGGAGCAAAGACAGCCACUAUUAUGAUGUUGAACUUACGACACACAGAUAUUUCAGUCAUAUGUUAAGUGUUUUGCUUAUCCUUAAGCAUGAUCUUGUAUUGUACAAUACAUUAUGAACAUACCGGUAUGUUAUAGCAAACCAUGGCUGGCUUUCUUGUCGAUCUGGCAGGGUUAUUUUAUUGAUCUAUACCUUGUGCUGCAAACAGAACUAAACUCUAUUAAACUUGUAUUUGUGUGCAAAAUUUCAUUAUUAUGAUUCUACAGGUUUAUAGCACUUAAUCAUGAAAUACAAAUUAGAUAUGCUAUGACACUUAGACUCUGUUGAAUAAAGGAAUAUACAUGUACUUGCGAAAUCAAGAAAUGUUUUGGUAAAAUACAUGUAAAAGUAAAUUUUGACAUACACUGUACAUGAUGUACACACACACACAGAUAUAUAUAUAUAUAUGUGUGUAUGUAAAAAAGAAAUAUCACAAAGCUGAUAGAAUAUGCUCAACUUGUUUGCUGUUUCAUACUCUAUGAUUAUAUAUACAUGUAACCAAUCAAUUCAUUAUACUCCAAACUAGCUGAGUAUAUUCUAUCUGCUGGGUGGUAUUUUUAUUAUACUACUACUUACGUAGAUAGUAUAUACUAGUUUGUAUUAUAUACUAGACAAGUACAUGUAAUGUAAUUAAAUUUUUUACCAGACACCAUUGACUUUGUGUACAGAUGAAAACAUGUGCAAGUUUCUGUUUGUCAUUUAAAUUUUUUGGUUUGCAGUUUCUUGUCAGAAUCAAAUAUGACCCUUCUAUGCUUUGUUUUUGAUAGAAUGUCAUGUUAUUGGAAUAAAUUCUGAUACUUAAGUAUG